AUGGUAUCACACGAGUCUAAAAUCAUCAUCGUUGGGGGUGGCGUCUUUGGGCUAAGUACCGCACUUUGGCUAGCUCGCGAUGGCUACAAAGAUAUCACUAUCUUUGACAGAUGCCAAUUCGAUAAGAACUUCUACAGUCCAUCGAAUGGCUGCGAUGGUGCUUCCGCAGAUCUGAACAAGAUCUUUCGCAUGUCAUAUGGCGACAAGGUAGAUUACCAGAAUCUCGCUAUUGAAGCACGAGAGAUAUGGAAUUCAUGGAACCAGGAAAUUGCCAGCAGUUCUCCAGCCGAUCUUCCUGCAGGAGUCACGACGGACGAUAAACUUCUGCUUAACUGCGGAUGCUACUAUGUUGCUGAUGGGAAAGAGAUGAGAGGCUAUUACGCUGACAGCCUAAGCUCCAUUGGCAAAACAGCACCAGAACUUCGGAAGAGGCAGUUCAUCAAGGGCAACGAAGAAGACGCCCGGAAAAUUCACGAGCUGGGCGGCAACUGGGCCAAGAAGUAUCAUGUCAUUGACAAAAUCAACGGAGGAGAUCUAAACGGCUUCCUUGACACCAACGCAGGUGUUACGAUUGCAGAUAAGGCAUGCACAUACGCACGCUUUCUCUGCGAGAAGGCAGGCGUCAAGUUCGUCCUUGGAGAUCCUCAAGGCAAACUCAAGCGUCUCAUCUCCACGUCAGAAGGCUCUAAGAAGCGUGUUUCCGGGAUCGAGACUCAUGACAACAAAGUCCACGAUGCCGACUUCGUGAUCGUUGCAGCCGGUGGCUGGACAGCAUCCAUCCUCCCAGAAGCCCACCGCACAGUCGAGACCACGGCUGGCACGCUGAUGUUCAUCGACAUCCCACCCUCCCGGCAGGACCUAUGGCAGAAAUUCCACCCCGACAACUACCCUGUCUGGCACUACCGCCGCGGCGACGGCGAGAGCUACUACCAGGGCGGCAGCUUCCCCAUCUCCAAGACCGGCCGCCUCAAGUUCGGCUUCCGCGGCCGCAAGUUCACCAAUUUCCAGGACCACCCCACCCAGCGAGGCUUGCGGGUCUCGACGCCGCGCACCAAGUACACUAAGGAAAAUCCGAUCAAGUCGGUGCCGCUGUACGGCCUGGCGAAGAUGAAGGAGGUCAUCUACCAAGCGCUGCCGGAGCUGCGGGAGUUCGAGUUCACUGACAGCCGGCUGUGCUGGUACACCGACAGCAUCGACAAUGAGUAUGUGAUUGACUAUGUCCCUGGAUAUGCGGACUCGUUGUUCAUCUGCACCGGUGGAUCUGGGCAUGCGUUCAAGUUCCUGCCGAUUCUAGGUCGGCAUGUGAAGAAUCAGAUUGAACGGGUCGAGGACCAGUUUACGCAGGUGUGGAAGUGGCGCACUGUGGUCGAAGGUCAGGCGAACAAUGGUCUGGAGGAAGGGGAGGAUGGGCCGAGGGUCUUGGAGCGUAUUCAACUGGCGGAACCCCAUGAUUUCAACUUCGACUCGGUUCGCGCCCGGGUGGACAAAGACCUGGCUCAGACUUCCGACAAGACCGCAGCCAUCGCCAGUACGACUGAACUGUCAGCACAAAGAAGCGAGCCAAUGUCGGUCAAGUGA